UCCUUCACGACCUGGAUUUCUCCUCCUUUCCUUCACGUGACAAUGACGAACACCAAAAAACCCUAAUUUCAAAUCUUUGUUUCCUUCUCUGCACCUCUCGCAGACGGUAAAAGAAGGACUAAAUGAUCAGGUACUCGAAUUGAAAAUGUCCGAAUUUGGCAUGCCAAACAUGCUUGCUCUAUGUUUAUCAAUCCACGUUAAAGGUGCGUUUGAGCCGUAUCGGAUUUCACAGUUUCAAGCAAUGGCGGAUUGUUUCUGACGUUGACGAAUUUUCCUUUUCUUAUUGGUUUUGGGAUCGUUAGAGAAAAUUUGAAUUUGGUGUAUCUGAAGGUGGAUGUAGCUGAGGCCGUUGAAUCAUCUAGGUAGAGAUUUCUUUGUCAUUCUGUUGUAAAGAUUUUGAAAAAGGAUCGAUGGAGGCUAAUAAAUGCGACAUUAAUCGCUUGGACUCAGAUGUCAUUUUGCCUCCUCGAAAGCGUCUACUAGCCGGAUUUAAGAAGCAAAAUUAUGAUGGUGAUACUGCUUCUCAUCCACCUUCGGCUGCUUCUUCUUCGUUACUCCCAUCAUCGCCAACAUCUCCUUCUAGUCUAUCUACAAGUGAAUUUCAGACACGCCUCAAGAAUCUGUUAAACUCUCAUUUGGACAACCAUAAUCUUUCACCUGAGGAAAUUGUGGAGGCCUCCAAAUCGGCAGCUAUAUCUGCAGUUAAGGCUGCAGAGGUUGCCAGAUCAUUGGUAGAGGAGAAGGCUGCUAUUGCAGCAAAAGCGGUUGCUGCAGCGAAGAAGGCUUUAGACAUGGUUGCAACUUUUUCUGAAGAGGCUGCCGGCAAGGAGAGAUGGCAAACAAGGGGCAAGCUGAAGAAGCAUGUACCAGUUCAGCUUCUGUAUAAAAGGCACCAACCAGUCGAAAAGUGUAGGACUGACGAAGAAGUAGCCCGUAGGUUGCACCGAGCUAUUAACACCUCACCUAGAAUCUCAAAGAAUUCUUCAAGUUCGAAUAAGCAUAAGAGGCAUAAAGGCUUGCCAUCUUCUGAUAAUAAUAGGGUUUCCAAUGGAAGUACAGUAUUAUUGGGAGAGUCACCUUCUUUGUGCAAUGGGCAUGCUGUGGCAGGUGAUCUGGAUUUGGAAAUAUCCGUCCAUGAGGUGCCAUCCCACAAAGGAGAUGAAAAGGUUACCAAGAAUGAAAAAGAUGGCCAGUCAGAGAUGGAUAAUGGGGAAGCCGAAUCCAGUCACUCCAAGGACAAAUUUUCAGAUGACUCCCCUAGUAAGAAGAGGGGUAGAGUGAAGCUAAAAAAGUUGCCCUUGAACAUUUGUAAUUUUAGGGACCAUGUUAAUCCGAAGGAAGAGUUGAUUCUUGGAAGCUCGGCGUUGACUGAAAAGAACGUGGGCAAGCCUCCAGCUGGUAGUAUUCCCUUGUAUUCUGUGGAUCCAUCUGGAGAUGGCGUGAUGUCGGUCAAGGUGACACAAACAUGGAAAUGCCAGGAGUUCAAGGCACCCAAUUGUUUCAAACAGAGUAAAAUCAUACAGUCAUAAUGUUUAAACCCCAGUUUGGUGACAUGGGGCUGCAGAUAUGGAAGUUUAUAUACAUAGCUGAGGUAGGACUUGUGGUGAUGUGCUUUUUAUAGAAAUAGUUUUAUUUGAUUUAUCUCUUGCUUCUUCAGGGUUGUAAUGAAAUGGAACCGACCAAAUAUAUCUUUGCAUGAUAAAUUGCUUGCAUCCACAAUUAAAUCUCAAAAAUUGGUUGUUGCUUUAUACAAGAACAA